AUGGAAGCGCGUUCUGACGAAUCGCGCGCUACGGUGACGAAUUGUCAAGAGGGCGAGCUUACGCUCGAGCGCUCAAGGCUCUCUCCCGUCCCCGUCCCCGUCGUCUCGGUCACGGCAGUUCGAUCGCCACCUGUGAUCUGUCAGACUGACCCCUUGGAGAUUCCGACCCCCGAACCUCCGCCAGGCUUCCCAUGUGCCCCCGUGUACUUUUGUUUGCAGCGGCCUUCGAGGUCAGUGGUAGCAAGUAUGCAGGCGACGGAUGUUCUGCGGACUGCGACCGUGGUGGCCACUGUGCUUGCCAUCUCGCUGCUUGCGCCGCUGAUGAUUGCGAGGGCUUGGAUCAGGGGUUUUGUUGUAGGCGUGUGGGCUAAGGAGGAUUGGACAUGUAUAUUUGCGUGGAUCUUUACGACAGCCUACUGCGUAACUGGAUUUCUGAUGACCAAACAUGGCGGCGGUGUUCCGCAAUCCCAAGUCUCCGCAUCGGAGCUCAUCACAUUCAAAAAGCUCCUCUACGUCGAUACCAUCAUCUACUGCCCCUCCGCCUUCUUUACUAAAAUAACCCUUCUCCUAAUCUUUACUCGCGCCUUCGCGCACUUCCGCAAGACCGUAAUCUCGAUAUACGUCUUGAUUGGUGUCUUGGCCUGCUACUACCUGCCUGUUCUCUUCCUCAAGCUCAGGCUGUGCACGCCGAUCGAGGGGCUGUGGGAUACGAGCGUGGAUGCCGUCUGCUGGGACAAGCAGAGGGUGUUCUUCGUGGAUGCGGUGGUCAGUUGCGUGACAGAUGGGGUGGUGCUUAUCUUGCCGGUGCCUCUAGUCUGGUCUCUCAACGUGCCACUCGUCAAGAAACUGCGCAUCGCGGCCCUGCUCGGCGCGGGCGGCAUAGCGACCAUCGCCAGCGUCUUCCGCGCUCUGCUGGUCUUCUCACCAGAGGUACCAGAGAACAUCACGGUCGAUUUCGUGCAAAUGACCCUCCUCGGCAUCGUAGAGGUCUUCACGGCCUUGAUCUGCGCCUGCCUGCCCACCCUCAACCUCCUCUUCACGCGUUACACCCUCGGCAAACAGUCCUGCAGUCACGCCUCCAGCAUGAACAGCGCCGGCCCGCCGAAGCAGAAAUCCGUGGCUUCUCCGCCGAGUAGCCAGGCGGCUAUGGGCGUGCCCCCGCCGGGCUCCGGUCUCCCGACAUGUCGGCUGAAGAAGCUGCGACUGCAGGCCGGGGGGGAGGUCGGCGGCUGGAAGGAGGGGGGAUAUGGGUACCUAGAGAGGGGGAAUGGGGAGUCGGGGCGCUGUGCGCGGAUUACAGGGCAGAGGAGGCUGCGGGUUAUAGGUGGCGGUCGUGUGUUGGCGAGGGGCCGAGCUGACGAGAGGAGAGCGGUGGCCGCGGCAGAGGUCGAGGGCGGUUUAGUUUCUAAUUUUGAUCCGGAGAUCGGAAGCCCUAGCUAUAGAGGGUGGAGCAAUCACGAGAUGGGGCACCUUGCGAUAGGCCUAGAGGGCUUGAGGGAGGGAGGUGGAGAUGCGAUGCGUAAUGGACGUGACGGCGGCGUUGCGGAGGAGUGGCCCCUGAAAACAGGCGGGUUUGUCAUGAUGCCGCGGCCUGUUGCUGUCCCUGUUGCCGUCGGUGUCGGCGUCGGCAGAGUCUAA